AUGGACGAGGCCAUCGACACCCUAGAGGUCCAAAUCAAGACCGAGCAGGGCCUUUCCGAACCCCGCAGCCUCUGGCAGGUUAUGCGGUCCAUCAAUCGCUCUACUACCCACGUUGUGCAGAUUACCAAACCGGGCGAGCGUGAAAUUGCAGUCGUCAAAAUCAUGGACCGUCGAGAUAUGAUCAAAAGCAUAGCAAAUAGAGAAGAGGCCACGAGGAAAGCCGCCGCCACGGCCAAGUCCAAGAAACCCAAACAGCUCGAGCUCAACUGGGCUAUUGCCCCCAACGACUUGCAGAUGAAGUUAAAUCAGAUGGAAAGCUUUCUACAGCAAGGCAAGAAAGUCGAGAUCAUGCUGGCCGCCAAAAGACACCAGCGCAAAGCCACUGUGGACGAGGCCAAUGCUGUUAUGAAAGCUGUCCGCGACCGCAUUGAAGCCGCUGGUGCCAAAGAGUCCAAGCCCAUGGAGGGAAGACUGCUUGGCCAGGUACUCAUGGCCAUCGAGAAAUGA